AUGAUAAUAAUAAAUAAAAAUAAUGAUAAGAAAUCAUUGUUUUUAUUAUUGGUAUCAUUGAUUUUUGUAUUAUUUGUAUCAAAUGUCAUAGCAGAUACAGAUUAUGCAAUAUCACCUGUAUCACUUUUAUUACCAUAUAGUACAUCAAAAUAUAGAAAACCAUAUAAAUUAGAAGCAAAUAAAGGUUGUUUCGAAUGGAUCAAUACAAAUCCAGAUUUGGUCGAAAUCACACCACUCUAUGAAUCAGCAGCAUCAUGUUCACCAUCUUCAAAUGAUAAACAGCAAAAUAUUGGAGCACCAGAUUUAUCACUUUGGGACAAUUCACUCAAUCAACCAAAUAAAAAAUGUUCAAAAGCUGUUUUAGUAUCUGUUAGAUCAGGUACUGUUUCCGAAAGAAAUUCAGCUUUCAUUUAUGCAGAAGAACAAGUUACUGGUAAAAAAUUACAAUGUGAAGUAUUUGUUGAUAGAAUUUCAUCAAUUGUUAUUGAAACAACAACUAAAACAAUGUAUAAGGAUGAUUUAGAAGAAUUACAUGUUAGAGCAUAUGAUUCAGUUGGUAAUGUAUUCUCAUCAAUCAUUGGUUUAGAGUUUGAAUGGUCAAUUACCUCUGGUAAUAUCAUUCAAAUUGUACCAUUUAGAGGAUUCCCAUUGGAUGAUGUCGCAUUAAAAAUGGAACAAGAAUCAUUGCAAACCUCAUUUGUAUUAGUUCAAGGUGUUGAUACUGGUCGUACUGAAAUCAAUACAAAAUUAACUGAACCAACCUAUAAAGAUAUUCAACAUUCAACAACAAUUUCAAUUCUUGAACCACUUCAAUUAAAUCCAUCUUAUCUUUUAUACGUUAUUCCAGGUACUCAAAUUCAAUAUCAAUUAUUAACAAAGAAAAGAAAUAUUUUAGAAAAUAUACCAUUACCAAAUCCAAAUUAUAUUUGGUCAUCAAGUAAUUCAAAAGUUGGUAAAGUUGAUAAUUCAGGUAAUUUUAUGGCAUUGGAUUUAGGUAGAACAGAUUUAAAGGUACAACAUAAGAAUAUGAGUGAUAAUAAGGUACAAGCAUUUGUAAAUGUUGUUCAUCCAUCUUAUUUAGCAAUAAAGAUUGAGCCAUUAAAAUCUGGAUUAGGUCCAGUUUCAAAUUGGAAUUUAAUUGAAAAUAGAGAUUAUAUCCUCGUCGUUGAACUUUAUGAUGCAUCUGGUCAUAAAAUUCAUAGUUCAGAGAUUACAUUUGAUUUAAAUAUUCCAACUGAAUAUUUUGAACGUUUACCAUCUUCUCAAAUUCCACCAAAUACUCCAAAAAGAUCUGAUACUUUUUAUUUAAAAGCUAUUAAACAAGGUUUAGUUGCAUUAAAAGCAUCUUUGGUUAAAGUUUAUGAUUUAAAUUUAAAGAAAUAUACACAAUUAUUAAAUCCAAUUAGUGUUGAACAAGAAGUUACAAUUCAUUCUCAAAUUCAAUUAAGUCCACCAAUUGUUUAUUUACCAUAUUUACCAAAUCAUAGACAAUAUUCAAUGAUUAGACCAAUAGGUGGAUCAGGUGAAUAUAAUUGGUAUACAAAUAACUCUGCAAUUGUUACAGUUGACCCAACCGGUGCAAUUACAAGUCAAACCAGUAGUGGUCAAACAGAGGUAAUCGUUGUAGAUAAAAAGAAUCCACAUAAUAGAGAUAAAGUAUUGGUUAUUGUUUUACAACCUGAUGAAAUCAUUAUCACUCCAUCACAAGUUGAAGUUCAAGUUGGUCAAACCUUAAAAUUAUCAACUCAAUUAUUAUCAAAACAAUUAUCAAAAGGUGUUCAUUUCGAUAGUUGUAAUUUAGAUGAUUUAGAAUGGAGAGUUGAUGAUUCAAAUGCCAACAAUGAUAAUAAUGGUGGUGGUGGUAGCAAUCAAGAGAGAUCAUUCUCAUUAUUACCAUUACAAAAAACAAAUACACCAAAGAAAGAACAACCAGAUCUUUGUUCAACUCGUGAAUUUUUAGCUAUAAAAGAAGGUUCAAACGUUAUUUCAGUAUCAUAUAUGGGUAUGAGAGCAAAAAUUUUAAUCUUUGCUUAUCCACCAUUAAAGAGUGAUCAAAGUGAAAUCUUGUUAACAUUGGGUUCAACAUUAAAUGUUUUCUUUAGUGGUGGUCCAGAACCAUGGCAUUUGGAAAGAAAGAGUCAUUUCCAAUCAAUUGUUUCAAAUUUAACCAAUGAACAAAAUGUACUUUCAAUCGUACCAGGUAAUGGUAAUUCAUUCCGUGUCACUUGUCUUACUCAUACAAAUCCUUCAAAACCAAUUGGUAUCGAAUUAACCAUUGGUAAUAAAGUAACCACUACCAAUCCAUAUCCAGCUAGUCCAUCAAUUACAAUUCCAUACUCUUGUCGUCCCCCAGCUUCAAUUCAAUUACAAGUUGCCAAUUUACCAAAAGAUCAUCAAAUUCAAGAUUCUUCACAUCAUCAACAAAUACAACAACAAGAACAACAACAACAACAACAACAACAGCAAUCAACUUGUCAAGAUACAAUUUUCUCAAUUAAAAAACAAAAACAAGGUGAAAUUGGUACUUAUAAAAUUCGUAAUGAUCGUGAUAUUCCAUUUAUCGCACAAGUUUUCGAUGAUAAUGGUAAACCAUUCACAAACUAUAGUUCAUUGGUUUUCGAUUGGAAAUCAUCAGAUCAAACUCAAGCUAAAUGGUUAAGAGAUUAUAAUCAAAAUGAUCAUCUUUCAACUUUAUCAUUAAGUAAAGAACAAGGUAAAGUUAUAAUUACAGUUUCAAUUCUUGGUUAUGAUCAAGAGUUAUUAAGACAAAACAAAAUUCGUUCUUCAGAUUUGGAUACAAGUAAAUUGGUUUCAUCAUUAGAACUUCAUUUAUUAUCAAGUGUUGUUUUAUUCCCAGACUAUUAUACAAUGUAUUUAAAUGAUAAAAAUCAUUUAAAGAUUGAAGCAAUUGGUGGUAGUAAAAACUUUGCUUUUACCUCAAAUAAUAGUAAGAUUGCAUCACUUUCUUAUCAACCAAAUUCUGAUUUCGUUACUGUAAUUCCAAAUCAACAAGGUUAUCUUAAAGUUGAAGUUAGAGAUAUUUGUUUAGGUAGUGAUAAUAAUAAAGAUCAACAACAACAAUAUCAACAAAAACAACAAAAACAUCAACAACAACAACAAUCAAAUACAUCACCAAGUAUUGUUCAAAUUAGUGAAGUACAUUCAAUUGAAUUGGAUGUUCAAGAUAUGGUUCAAGUUGGUGAUUCAAUUAAUUUAAUUGUUAAAGGUUUUUCACAAAAUGGUCAACAAUUCGAUAGUACUCAAUAUCAAUAUAUGAAUAUCAUUCCACAUAUUGAUAAUCCAAAUGUUUUAUCAAUGACUCAAUCAUCUGAUAGCCAAGUUUUCACAUUAAAAGGUUUAGAUCAAGGUUUAGUCACUUUAUCAGUAACCAUUCAAAAUCCAAAGACUUCAUUCAGUGCCACAUCAAAAACCAUUCAAAUUCAAGUAUUCCCACCAUUCCGUGUUUCACCAAGUGUUUUACAUUUAGUACCAGGUGGUCAUUUCCAAAUCCAUUGGACUGGUGGAGCACCAAUUCGUCAAGAUGUAUCAUUUGUCUCAUCAGAUCCUUCAAUUGUAAACUUGAGUGGUCGUGAAGAUUUAGUUGGUGAAUUGGUUGCAUUAAAAGUUGGUGAGGCUACAAUCAAAGCCAUCGCUCAAAUCGUCGAUCCAAUCACUGGUAAAAAAACUAUAAUUGGAGAAGAUAAAUUAAUGGUUUACGUUAAGAAUAUGACUGGUAUUAGAAUUCAUAGUAGUAUUAAUAAGAUCCUCGUUGGUAAUGAAGCCAAAUUACGUGUUGUUGGUGCAAAUGGUGAAACUCCAUUCACAUAUGGUACCGUUGAUUUAUUCUUCAAAUGGGAAUGUUUAGAUAGUAACAUUGCAACCUUAUUACCAAUUUAUGAACGUGCCAAUACAACCGUUGAAGCCGAAGGUUCAUUCAGUGUUCGUGUAAUGGGUAAGAAUGCAGGUUCAACCUCUAUUACAGUUUGGGCCUAUAGUGGUGGUGAUAAAACUAAACAUUUAUUCCAAGCUGCUUCACUUCAAAUUAAUGUAAUUCCUGAUAUUCCAAUUCAAACUACAUCACUUCUUUUACCAUUGAAUACACCAUCAUCAUUUAUUGUCAAUAAUCAUUUAGACAAGACUGGUAUCGAAUUCUACCCAUUAAUGGAUGGUCAUGGUAGUUCAUCAUGUAAGGAUGUAAUUGACAUUGGUGAUAAUAAGAUUGUAAGUUUGGAUAAGAUUGGUACUUGUUAUGUUAGUGCCGUUAGAGAUGGUCGUAUGGAUACAAGUAAACUCUUUAAGAUCAAUUCAAAACCAUUCUCACAUUUAGAAUUACUUCCAAUCAAUCCAACUUCAACAGUUAUUCCAAUUGGUGGAUCAAUGUCAUUUGCAAUCUAUUUACGUGAUGAUAUUGGUGAGGUAUUCACAGAGUAUGGUUCAAGUGCUAUCUUUAGUAGUGAAGUUAGUAACACUGGUAUCAUCUCUUCCUCAAUCGAUGCAAAUGUUGUAACCAUUAAAGGUAUUCGUGCAGGUUUAGUUACUCUUCAUGUCUACCUUAAAGAUAUGCCACAUUUGGAUGAUUAUAUCAAGAUUUUCGUUGGCCGUUUAGUUGAACCACAUCAACCAAUUCUUCAUGUCGGCUCAAUGAUUACCUUUUCAAUUGCCAAAGAUCAAUUGGAACAAAGAGGUUUCUCCUUACCAAGUUCCGAUGAAAAGGUUUGGUCAUCCGGUGACCCAUCUAUUUUACAAGUUGACCCAAUCACUGGUAAAGCAACCGCUAUCGCUGCUGGUACAACCACCAUUAAUUACAUUAGAAAUCCAUCAUCUCAAACUCAAGUUGUCAUAUCUAAAAUUGGAAGAAUUAAGGUUGACUUUUCCGAUCAAAUCAUUAAUAACUCAAAGAAGAGAUAUGAAUACAAUUUGAAAUUCUUUACUGCUGGCUCUGACAUUGAAUUAUCUCAAGAUUCAACCAUUGAUCAAAAUAUUAAAGGUAUUUGUACAAUUAAAGAAUCUACAUUUGCAACUGCAUUCUUUGAAAAGGUUAAGGGAAAAGAACAAUAUCGUUGUGUUGUUCAGCCAUCUGGUGUCGCUACCUCUUCAAUUGAUAAAGUUACUUUGUAUGUUGAAGUUUCAAACGCUCAUAAAACUUAUCAAUAUGAUACAACCAUUAAUCUUCCAUUCGAAUCAACCUUUUCAAUUAUCAACGUUAGAGAUAAUAAGAUUCAACUUUCACCACGUCAAUCCACUUUUAUCUUGAAUAUUCAAUCAUCAAGUCCAAUCUUUGUUGAAUCAUCAGAUAAUUCAUUAUUAUCAGUACAACAAAUUAGUUCAAGUGGUGGUGAUGAUCAAUUAAAUAAUUUAUAUAAAUAUGCAAUUCAACCAAUGAGUGUUUCAACUAGUUUCCAAAAUGUUCCAUUGUUAAUUAGUAGUGCUGAUGGUAAGAGUAAAACAACUGUCACUGUCUCCUAUUCAAAGAGUGGUUCAACUACUAGUGAUCAAAAUACAAGCUAUGUUGAAUCUUCAACCAUUAAUUCUCAUCCAUUCUUAUUCUCUUUCAUCAUUAUCGUUGGCACUCUUUUAAUUGGUUUAUAUGCUUCAAAGAAACAUAAUGAUAAACCAAGAGUUUACAUUAAUCCAAAUUCAAAUCUUCAAACAAGUUCAAUCUCUUCUCCAUAUAGAACUCCACCACCACAUUCAUUCACUUCACCAAAUAGAUCCACUUAUGGUUCUUCAAGUAUAUAUUUAAAUAAUUAA